GUGAAAAAUAAAAACAAGUAAAGCCUUUGUUCGUUUUAAUGAGGCAGGCUGAGAAGAUUCAAAUCCAUCCAUCCAUCCAUCCAUCCAUGGGGGAGACCCAACGCGAGAGCAACACGAGCGUACGAAUUCUGUGCCCUAACCUCCUCAUCCGAAGCAACGAACCAGGGCUUCAAUGGCUGAUCGGAUCCCCUUCCUUCCCUCCUCUCACCGUUCUCUCCACCUUCCGAUGCAUCCACACCCACCCCUCAUCCCCCUUCUCUCCCGACUUCCCCAAGGAAUCAGAAGACCUUAGGAUGCUGAUGCCGAGAGGCUUGGACAUAGUUGGAGCGCUUGUUGUCGGGGAAGCGGACGAAAAAUUUGCCGGUGAAGCUGCCGAUGCCGCGCGCAGCAUGAGAAACCUUCUUCUCGGUGAAGAUUAUGAAAUUCGAGAUGUUCUCGGGGGGGUUGCCGAAUUAGACUCCGGCAAAGUUCAUUUUUUCGUCUCGAGAACGGGAAAUUUGUCUGGUCUCGAGUCUGUCAACUCUGUUGCGUAUGAGAAUCAAGAUCAUCCGGAGAGGCAAGUGUGGGACAGGGGGUGUUUACUCCGGUGCAAACUGCCGAUUAAGCUGCCGUUUUAUUUUCCUGGAAAUCGUCAGUCGGGUGCAGAUGAGAUGUAUUCCCAAUCGAUUAAAGCAGCUGCUGAUAAGUUCAAAGACCCACAUGUUGCAUACUUGGUGGAAAUAUUAAAUGAAUCCUCAGCAGAAGGUCCACAGCCUGUCAUUCUUCAUGGUGAGGAUUUGGAUUUCCAUGCUGAUCUCUCAAAUGUCAAGCAUCCCAACAAAAGUGCUGGAGACAUCAAGACAAAGUCUUUAGUAUGCGCUCAAUUUUGUUCAAAAAGUAACCCUAUUUCAUCUUUUCCUUCAGUGGAGAAUGCAGACAUAAUCCAAGUUAGCAUCCUUCACAAUAGAUCAAAAAAUUCAAGAUCUGCUGCACCUGUUGCGGAAUAUAUUCCAGCUUCGGAUGCAGUCCAUUUUUUGGUUGUAGGUUAUGAACUAGAAGUGCUUUGUUAUGCCGCCAAAGAUCUCCCACUGACUUGUGCAGUUUCCAAGUUAAUCAUCCCAGCGCUGGUUGACCAGUUAUAUUUAAUGAAGAAGGCGGUGUUGCCCAACCUCUUAACACAACAUCCUCAAUUACGCCCGUAUCACUUUAGCCCACCUGGGAUUUUGCAUCCAAUAACAGUUAUCUAUGAACUCAGUUAUGGGGAGACUGAAAUGAAGCAAGUUGAAGUUAGACGAUCCCUACAUUUGAGGUUGGGAUUACCUCUAGAUCGCCCUCUUCUACGAAUUGUUAAUGCCUUAAAUUUUUCUGUAAACAACGAGAGUAUGGGGAACAACUCAACAAGAAAGGGUUCUAUUUUGCUUCGAGAUGUACAUACUGGAAUUCCAAGCAGUGGAGUUUCUGGAGGACUUACAUCAUUGAUUCAAGGUUCCUAUGAAUAUUAUCAUUACCUUCAAGAUGGAUUUGAUGACUCAGGCUGGGGUUGUGCUUAUCGCUCUCUACAAACUAUUGUUUCAUGGUUCAAACUCCAGCAUUACACGUCCAUUGAUGUUCCUUCACAUAGGGAAAUACAACAUACGCUUGUAGAGAUUGGUGAUAAAGAACCUUCUUUUAUUGGAUCACGUGAAUGGAUUGGUGCCAUUGAACUAAGCUUUGUAUUAGACAAACUCCUUGGGGUCAGUUGCAAAGUGAUAAAUGUCAGAUCUGGAGCGGAGCUUCCCGAGAAAUGUCGAGAGCUGGCCCUGCAUUUUGAGAACCAGGGAACACCCAUAAUGAUUGGUGGUGGUGUUCUUGCGUAUACCCUCUUGGGAGUUGACUACAACGAUGUAAGUGGAGAUUGUGCAUUUCUCAUAUUGGAUCCACACUACACCGGUGCUGAUGAGCACAAGAAGAUCAUAAAUGGCUGCUGGUGCGGUUGGAAAAAGGCAGUUGAUAGUAAAGGAAGGAAUUUCUUCCUGCAGGACAAAUUCUAUAAUCUUUUACUACCCCAGAGGCCCAACAUGGUUUAGUUUAGGGUUUGUUUUUUUUCCAGGAUUCAAUUGUGAGAAAGUUACAUGCCUAUACGGAUAUAGUGGAUGACUUUCGCAGUGAUUUAUGUCCAAGGAGAGAUUGGUUUUUGUGGAUAUUGGAAAGAGUUGACGCAACAACUGUUAACCGCUCUUUUAAAUGGAAGGACCUCUUUUAGUUGGUUUUUACUUUUAC